AUGAGCUUUGGCUUCGAGGGCGGGGAGCGCCUGAUGAUGUUCAUGGUGAACCCGGCGAACAAACACCACGUCUACAUCAAGUGGAGGGUGAGCGUCUACCCCGAGGAUAUAAUAGAGGAGGAGAUGGAGGAAUAUAUCAGUGAGGAAGCGAGAGUUCCCAGAUACAAUGAGCCAAUCAGAGUUGAGGAGGAGGGGGUGUGGGCGGUAGUAGCUGACGACCCCUCCCACCCGUCCAACAACAUACUACGAACUACAAGCAGCAACUCCCAACCCCCCUCGCCCCCACCCACCGAUAACUCUCGCGGGAACAAAUCAUAUUCAACCCCUUUUUACUACAAAAACGGCCCGGAAUAUAAAAGAAACUACGGAGAAGAGUACAUUCAGGAGAGUUCGAACAGAACAGACUUUUAUAGAGGCGGGCAGUUCACAAAGUUUAGAUACGAGUCAAGAUACAAAUGACAAAUGAAUGAGUUACUUACUAGAACAUCAGUUGAAACUGAAAUCAAUACAAGACUGCUCGUAUCGGACGAAGUUCUGGAUGUUCCAACUGCCAACUAUUGUCUAUUACAUACCUUUUGAUU